UCGCUCAGCUCGAGUGAUCUAACCUGUUCAACCGUUAAAUUUCUAAUUCGCCAAAUUCUAUCGGCCCGGCCCGGUUUGGGGACCGACCGGCUGCCAACGGAAGGAAGUUACAUUAUAAGAUUGGAAAUUCAAGACAGGAGCGGAGGUUAGGUUUGGCCGUUGAAUUCAGGUUAAGGUGCACACGGUCGGCGCAGAUCCGGAGUUGACGAUGGCUACGCCUCCGAAUACCGGGUUGUCCUUCGGCACGCCAAAACCCACGGCAGGGCUCACCAGUUUGACUUUCGGCACCCCGACCACCCUGGCGACCGCCGGAACCGGCUUCGGCCUCGGCGGCGGCAUGACCGCGACGACGACGUCCAUAUCCACCGUGUCGAGUCUGCCGAGCUUCACGAAUCUCGCGAGCAGCGGGACGCCGCCCAUGCCCGUGGCGACGGGGCUCACGUUCGACCCCGCGAAAGCGUCGACAACGGUCGUGUCCACGGGAUUUCCCAUCGCCACGACCACGACGGGAGGUUUCAGCUUCGGCGUCGGGGCAGCCAAGCCUAUGACGGGAUCCACUGGCUUGACCUUCGGCACUCCGAACGCUGGCAUGACUACUGGGGCUGGGUUUGGCCUCGGCAGCACGAUCGCGACCACGACGUCCGCGCCGAGCGUUCCGAACUUCAGUCUUCCUAGCAGUACGGCGCCGACGUCCGUGACACCAGGGCUCUCGUUCGACGCAUCGAAAACGGGCACCACCACAGCCACCUCGACCACGGGAUUUGCUCUCGCGGCGACCACAGCGGCGCCGGGAUUCAGUUUCGGGGUCGGAACGUCGACGACCACCUCCACUGGAUUUCCUUUGAGCAAAACGACUUCCGCCGUUGUUUCAACGAGCCUAGCGGCACCCUCCACUCAUACUUCCUUGGGUACCACCACCACCGUUAGUUCCGCGACUGGUAUUCAAUCAGGGGCCAUCAAUUUCUGUCAGCUUGAAGAAUCGAUCAACAAGUGGACCUUAGAGCUGGAGGAGCAAGAGAAAGUGUUUGUGAACCAAGCGACGCAAGUCAACGCCUGGGAUAAAUUGUUGAUAACGAACGGGGAGAAAAUAGUGACGCUGAAUCAAGAGGUCGAAAGAGUGAAAAUCGAGCAGCAGCAAUUGGAGCACGAGCUGGAUUAUGUUGUCGGACAACAGAAGGAGUUGCAAGAAUGUUUAGUGCCGUUGGAAAAGGAGCUGGCGUCUCUUUCUGUCUCGGAUUCCGAUCGAGAGUACACGUAUCGUUUGUCGGAGAACCUCGACACCCAGCUGAAACGCAUGUCGGAGGACCUGAAGGAGAUAAUAGAACAUUUGAACGAGGCGAACCGCGCUCAGGACUCCAGCGAUCCUAUCGUUCAAAUUGGAAAGAUUUUGAACGCGCACAUGAACAGUCUGCAGUGGCUGGAUCAACAAACGGCCUUGUUAAAUCAGAAAAUACAACAGAUCGAUCAGAUGCAUCAGAGCUUCAGGCAAGAGAGCGAACAGAAUUUACAUUUAGCUUACAAUUAGCCGUUUCAACUCAUUUUUAUAUUAUAUAUUAACUUGUAACGAUUAUUUUUUGAAUAAUUUAACAUAGUUCACUUAACGAAAAGUUCAACGUGUGAAUGAAAAUGGCGUAUGAAUGGAAAUUGUGAAAAAAUAUAUUUUGCAUUUAAGUAA